AUGACUAUCACAGAUCCAGCUAUACUGUCGUACUCUAAGAAAUCUCCACUCCCUCCCCCUCCUCCCCCACCACCGGGUCCACCACCUCCGAACGCACCUACUGGACCGGCAGCUCGUCCUCUACCGUCCCUCGAGAACGGCGGCUGGAAAUGUGUUCGUUGCGGCAAUAUCAACUACUCCCACAAGCUAUUCUGCAAUAUGAGGAAAUGCAAUGCUCCCAAGCCUCUAGAGAACUGGAAUUGUCAUGCUUGCGGUGUUCGCUCUGUGAAGCCCUUGGCACGUGAGUGCGAUAAUUGCCUGGCAGAGCGUAAGACCACAAGGGACGAGGAAAUCCUACUGGAAGCCCAUCGUACUGGUACUCUGCCCACCACUGCUGACAAGAAAAACACCUUCAUUCAAGAGCUCCUAUCGGCCCCUUUCGGGUCGUGGAUAUGUGUCAAGUGCAACAAUGUCAACUGGCCGGCCAGAACAAUUUGCAACGGUCGUACCUGUCAGAAAGGAAGAGAAGCGUCCGACAUUGAAUAUACAAGAAAAUAUAAAGCUGAACUUGAGAAGCGUGGUUUCGUUGCUGAUAUGAUCAAGAUGAAUUCGACCUCCAGUGGUUCUACCCCCACUGUCAAUGUGCCAUCAGACUCCCCUCUACCAGGAUCCACUGUGGCUAGUGGAGUCGCGACUCCAGCUGCAGACACCAUACGUGGCGACUCGCAUGGGAGUCUUUCUCAUGGUCGUGGAUACGGAGCCCCUGGCAGAAACGUGUAUCAUGAAGAAGUAUCCCAUCUGACCGCCUCUAAGAGCGGAUCCACCAGGCAGUUGGAUAUGUCCAAGUUGUGGAAAUGUGAAUUGGCUAAGAGGACCCACUGUAACAAGCAUGGAUGUGGAGUGGUUAAGCCUGACCAUGGUGUGGAAAGUUCAUAG